AUGGACUUUUGGACGCGGUUGAUCGGCGGCGUCGGCACACCGAAGAGUAAACAGCCAUCCGCCUCGAACAGCCCCCAGCAGCGCCUGGCGCGCUUCAAGCGGGUCUACGAUCAUCUUCUGCACGUUUGGCACAAGAGCAAGCAACGCGUCUCAGGCACACAAGCCGAAGAGACUAUCCGCAACUGCCUCCAGCGCAUAACCUCGAUACUCCGCGAUGAAUCCCACUCUCCCGAGCCGCAUCUAUGCCUGUCCUUUGCAGCAUCUUCGCAAAUCUUCUCCAAGGUCUCCAGGAUUGCAUAUGUCUCGCGCAAUGAGCGUAUCAUCAAGGACGCCGUGGCCUUCUUCGCCGCCCUCGUGGACAGCGAGGAGGACUUUCUGGACAAUGCCCCUUUUGCAGAGUCGCUGAUGACCUUCAUUAGCAAUGUCUCUGGAUCGGGCAACGCAAUCUGCGGAGAGGACACAACAGGCGAGAUCGUGGAGCUGUUGUUCGGGAUUGCGGCGAAGAUUAGACUGCAGCCAGAGAUAUUGCCAGUGUGGUUCAGCACCCGCAAGCCAAACGCUAGCCAGAUAGCUGCCGAGAUGGAGGGCAAACCAGACUUUGCUUUCGUCGACGUCACACAGAAAGACGACUUUCCUCUCUGCUACCACCUGGUUGACCAUGUGCAUCACGAGGGACGGAUUGGUGACUUUGCCAGGACUGGACUCCUGUAUAUCUUCGAAUCCGCCUCCAAGUCGGCAGUAUUAGAGCAAUGGAUAGUGGAAAGUGACCUGGCUACACUGAUAGCUAGCGGUCUAGGAGCAUUGUAUAGCCAGUUAAGCAGGAAGCUAUCCAUAUCCCAUGCUCGAGGCGAAUUGCCAACCAUUCUAGCCCUGUCGGACUAUGCGCAGAUGGAAGCAUCCCCGGAGGCAGACAGCGUGUUAUCGCCGCAGUUCAACGUACCCAUGAAUACCUUCAUGUCGUAUCUAGCUUUUUGGCAAGAUUUACUGGAAUACUGCAAGUCAAUUGACGUCCGGCAGACGCUGCUAGAUCACUUUCAAGUGCUGUUUCUGCGACAGCUGCUGUACCCCUCGGUGCUGGAAUCCUCAGACGCUGAUGGCGGCUCCGCCGUUGCUGUUCUCACCUACAUCCGAUGUCUUCUUGAAACUCUUGACCAUCCAGAGCUGAUACAUAUGGUCCUGAUUUAUUUACUGGCUUUACCGGACCUUGCGGAUGUUGCAAGGCCUCGGACGCCCUUGUCCCCUAUCGCUGCUCAACGCCGAGAGUCGCUCAUGCUGCUGACCCAGGCCAACAACGAAGAAGAUAGGCUGAACCCUUCGCUAUUCAACCUAGCAGACCUUAUCCUUAGCAGCAGUCAAUCACGGAAUCCACAGACAUUGAUGUCUGCGCUAAGGCUAAUCUCAGUUUUUCUGAGGAAGCACUGGAGUUAUGCACGCUUGUUCGGCUCUUCUGCUACGCAGAUGACCGAGCCUCACCGCACCAUAGGCGCUUUGAACGCAGAACUGGCAUCCUACCUCGCGCUAGCAGAAGGCCUUGGAGGUGAUUCGGGAAUGGACGAAGCGUACGAAGCUACGCUUCAGGAUGUGCAAAAUCUUCUGGAAAUUCAUCCAUGCUCUUCUCGGCUACUGGGGCUCAAUAAGCUUGGGUUUUCUGAUCCGGAGACUGCCACGGAUGAUCCAUCACAAGACCUAUGCGAGGCAAAUCCACCGACCUACCACUACCUUGUCCCUUCGGACCCAUUGUUGAAGGUGCUGUUGCGGCUGCUCUCGACCUUCCUAACUAAUGACACGGAGACGAAUCUCAGCUUGACAGAAGCACUUGUGGCUCUCCUAUCCUGUCCCUUCCUCCGGCUCGAGGGCCUGCUUGCCGUCAAUCCAACACAUUACUGCUUCUCACCCGCGGCCACUCCACCCAGUCACAGCCAUAGCGAUCACCGUCUCGAACAGCUCUACACCGCCCGCCGCCAGCCCACCUGGUCCCGCGACGCCACUCCCCCUAUCCUCUCGGUUCUGCAAUCUUUGCAACACCAGCUUGAGCUUCUAAGAAAGGAGAUACCAGACCUGGACCAACACAUCGAGUCUCGGAAACAAGCUUUCCACAUUCAUGAAGAGAUCAGUCAAGCCAUGGCCUCGGUCCCGGGUCCGACCCCACCAUCAGGCACCGCAACACCCAUAAAGCCCGGCAGCUGGACACCGCAGCUCCCAGCACAUGUAAGAACCAGCACGCCCAUGUCGGCAAGAUCGCAGUCGCCGAGAGGUACACCCGUGCGAGGGAGCAUGGACCGACAGCGUGUGCGGUUAGCCUCGCCAACCCCACCGCUGCCGAUUCUCGGUCUGAAGACGGUUGUGAGUCCGACAUCGUCGGUGUCUUCGACGGCACCGUCGAGGGCACUAUCGCCGGUGGGCAGCGCGUUGGUGCAGCCUAGUAUGGCCUUGGCGGAUGUCACAGGCGAUGCCGUUGAGGCUGCGGAUGUGGAGCUGUUAAAGCGGAAGAUCAGCUUUCCGCUCAGGGAAUCGGGAAUUGAGGAAGCGGGGGAUACGCAGGCUGGAGCGGAGAGAGGAAACCGAGCUGCUGGCGAUGAUGAGGGGCGAGAGACUCAAGACGGAUAUACUGAGAGUGUUGGGAUGGAGGCGGUGGAGACAGAAGAGGGGAAGGAGCAGGAGGGCAAAGAGGUUAGUCUCAGUCAUGUUCUGACGAACGUGGUCAUUCUACAGGGGUUUGUGCUGGAGCUUGUUGCGUUGUUGCAGGUGAGAGCGACGUUGUUUGAGGAGGUUAGGUAUACCUGA